AUGAUCACCGUGGCUUUUCAAAUUGGCUUUGGUCAGAAGGUGUCGGCUCUGAGUGAUGCCGCCGUGCCAAAGGUCAUCAUGCAUGACUAUUUGGCGCAGACUUUUGGGCUUGCUGGAGGGGCUUUCGGUCGGAUCUCAUUCAUUGUCUUCAUCAUCGGGCUACUGGUGCAGAGGUCAUCCCAAAGAAUCGCGUUGUGGACCUUGGUCGGUGCGCAGGCUGUGAUCAAUUCCUUGUUCAUCAUGAUUAUUUUCGUCCAGUGUCCGGGACAUGCAUCGGCGAUAUGGAGCCAUUUCGGCAAGGCGAAAUGCUGGAACUUGUAUGUGCAGGCUGAUUAUGGGUACUUCCAAGGAGCUUUCAAUGCGGCCACGGAUUUGGGUCUUGCAAUCUUCUCGACAUACAUCUUCUGGAACUUGAACUUGAGGUUACGGGUCAAGGUGGGACUGGUUGCUCUGCUGGGAUUGGGGAUAUUCGCGAUGAUCGCUGCAAUCAUCAAAACUGUACAAACUAGGAUUCUCGCGACCUCAGAUAACGACCCUACAGUUGCGACAGUCACCUACGACCGCUGGCUAUUCAUUGACACGUAUCUAGUGAUCGUCACCACCUCCAUCCCUUCUAUACGUUCCCUGUUCCGAUCAAUGGACGGCCGCAAGAUUGGCAGUACGAACACACACGAGUUGAGCUCUCGCUACGUCGUGAGUUCUCUGCAUACGUCACGCACAAGACGACGAGCUCCAUCAAUCAAUGGGAAAGGCGGGAUUAACGUCUCGGAGGGGGAUAUCAAUAAUGACGGCUUUGCCAGGAUAGAAAGUCCAUCAUGA